GUUUUAGUGAUUGAUAAUGCUAUGGAUGUGAAAGAAAUAUCUAUGAUGACGAGGGUGUUUGGCAUGUGCUGAUCUUACAACUUUUAGAGGUGUUGUCCCAUGUUUGAGAGGGUUUUAGAGACUGUUCUAGAAAAAGUACUCGGAGAGUUUGUACAGGAUAUAAACAGCAAGGACCUUAAACUUGCUGUAUGGAGUGGGAAUGUCGUCCUCAAGAACUUACGACUCAAAGCUGAGGCAUUAGCUAAGUUUGACCUGCCAGUGUUUGUGUAUGCUGGACUGAUAGGGUCUCUAGAACUACAGGUGCCAUGGAAAGCACUGUGGACUGCUCCUACCAAAGUGGUUGUUGAGGACCUUGUUUUAUUAGUCGUUCCUAAAGAAGCUGCUCCUUACAAUGAAGAGAAGGCGAAGAAGGAAGAGAGAGCAAGAAAGAAGGCAAUGUUACAAGCAGUAGAGGAAGCUCAGACCCGGAUGUCUGAAACACAGGGAAAGGGACAGAAACAGACCUGGGCUGAGAGCCUCAUCACUGCUAUCAUCAAGAAUCUGGAGCUAAAUAUAAAGAACAUCCAUAUCCGGUACGAGGACCCGGACUCUGGUUAUGCAGCUGGAGUUACACUGGACCACUUGUACGCUACUACUACUGAUGAGAUGUGGUCACCUGCUGUUAUUAGUAAUCAGACAGUUCAGAGGAUAUUCAAGCUUGCGAAGAUAGAGAACUUCUGUGUAUACUGGAACAACCCCAGCUUGGAGUUGUUUAACCUGCCUCAGCACAAAAUAGAAGCAGAGUUGUUGAAACUCAUCGUCACCAAGGCGACCCCAAACUCUCAACAUAACUUCGUGAUCCACCCUAUGGGAUGUGAAGUGAAGAUGGUGAUAGAUCCCAGUAACAAGGUUGUCAUGGACGUUCCCAAAGCUACAGCCAGUGUUCACUUCUCCUCUCUCACAACCGAGGUGCGUAAGACGCAGUACCUUGAUACGAUGUCCCUGUUAGACUCGAUGGAGCGCGGAAAGAAGAAACAACCCUUCGCUAAGUGGCACCCUGGUACCCCUAUUAAGGGGAACGCUAGGAAAUGGUGGCAGUAUCUACACCGGUAUUGUGUAGAGACGAGAGUAAAGCGCAGGAUUAUCUCGUGGAGAUGGAGCAGUAUAAGAAGACACAGGGAAAUGUGCAGAGAGUACACUAACCUCAGAGUAAAGGAAAUGGUAGGUAAGCCCACACUGAACGAGCUAGCGAGGAUAACAGAGAUAUUUGACACACUUGAUAUCGUUAAUAUCACUAUUUGCGAACAGAGCGCUAAGUUGGAGGCAGAUAAGAAGCAGGCGAGCACGUCCUGGUUCGGCGGGUGGUGGGGAGGCGGUACUAGUAGAUCUGCAACUAGUGUUGUGGACAAGUUCGGGAUGAGCACCGAGGAGAAGGAUACACUUUAUAGCGCUAUAGAACAAAGUGAAGCAGCAGCCUCCAGUCAGAUUUACCCGGAGAAAUAUGUGAAGUUCAGACUGAAGCUGGACGUAGAUAAAGUAUCCUUCAAACUGAAUGAUGAUAUCAGGGUUAUAACUGAGGCUGCAGUUAAAGGAAUAACGAGUGAAGUGGGUAUAAUACCUAACAAUAACGGUAUAGUGUUGUCCUAUCAGAUACACACUGUUUACGUGCUAUCAGAUAAGGUGGACAUUCUCAUACCUUCAGAUUCUCAUGCUAUUGUUCCUAUAUGUGAGGGCAGAGUGCUGAUAAACCCUACUGACAACCCGGCUGACAUUGCCAUUCUCUCCAAAUUCUCCUCUGUCACUCUACUCUUCGACAUGAACCUAAUAAACUCUAUCCUGGAUUUCACUAAGACAGAGAAAGAGUUAACUGACUUUGCUGAACUGCGUAAGAAUAUCAACUACUACUCUGAUAGGUUGAAAGUGCAGGGCAAGUCGGGGCUGCUGUACGCUAUAGAGAAACGCAAGGUAGUGGACGUUAACGUUACCUUAUCAGCCCCUAAAGUUAUUAUACCUGAGAGUGGGAAAUUAGAGGAGAAUGGACCUCUUAUUGUAGCGGAUCUGGGGCGCCUUAUUCUAACUACAGAGGUGGGGGAGACUAGAUCUCCUAAAGAGUUGUUAGCAAUGUCACUAGCUGAGUUAGAAGAAGCUGCCUACGAUAAUUACCUGCUCAAUCUUGAAAACUUCUACGUUAAAAUGUUCAACAAUAAGGAAGAUUGGGAGAACGAUCUAGCAAUAACACACGACUCCUUUAUACUCUACCCUGUACGACUCAAUAUAAAUCUGUCUAACUCUAUCCUGCCUGACGAUAAGAAGCUACCUAAAACCAAGUGCCGGGGACAUCUGGACUCUGUUAAAGUUGUAAUGUCAGAUGUGAAGAUUCAGCAUUUGUAUAGGAUAAUAAACAGUUUACCAAAGUCGGAGCCAGCUGAAGUUAAGAGUAAAAACUCAGUGGUAGGACUAGAUGAUAACUGGGUAGACGCAGCUCAACUAGCUGCUGUUACUAAUAUAGUUACAGGGAAAGUGUCCACACCCUCCGAAAAUGCCAAAUCCCCAUUAUCUGCUGUUUCCAUCUCAACUGAGGCUUCCGACGAUUUCUUUGACGCUCCAGACCACUUUUUAGUGGAGGAGGAUGGACUGAUAACAGAGAGGGAAUCUCUGAAUAUAAUCAGUCAGACAGUGCUUCUAGCAGACUUUACACUAAACGUUAUUGUAUUAGACGUCGUAAAACAAAGUCGUUACGAAGGGAAGGUAGUGUUGAAGUCCCUAAUAAAGAAUAUCACAGCAACCUUUGUUAAAACAACCUGGAUGCAGAAAAUAGAGGCCUCUCUGGGGGAGAUUACCAUGCUGGAUUGUUUUACUUCUGAGGAACCCUUACAUCUCAUAUCAUCCCCUCCUGACGGUAAACUGAUCUCAAUAGCAGCCCAGAUGAAUGACCCCACUUCACCUUACUUUGAGAACGACUUUAAGAACACGGAGAUUGCAGUUCUGGGCACAUUCGACCAGAUAUCGGCUAAAAUACACGUCGACUCUUUUUGUAACAUCUACGAGUUUGCAAUGUCCGUGCUGCCCCAGUCAAGUGAGGAAGUAUCUGGACUAGAGGAGAAGGAGGAGGAGAAGAGUGGGGCUGGUGGGGAAAUGAAGAGGUACUCUUCUGAUGAGAGCAUUAAUGAGGAUCUUAUCAAGAUUCACGUGGCUGCCGUAGUGAACAACAUUAACAUAAUCGUAGACAGCAGUCAGAGGACAUAUGCAGACAUAUCCAUUACUAGUUGUAAUGCAGAGGUGAUAGUAAAGGAGAACACUACAGAAGUGAACAGCUCUCUCAAGUCACUAGAUGUUAAGCAGCCUUCCAGUCACAUUACCUACAACAAUAUACUCACUGUGGAGAGCAGUAUCUACCAGGAGCUUAUCUCAUUCCAGAUGAUACAGUACCAGAAGAAGUUAGGGGAACUAGACCCCGACAUGGAACUGAACAUUAAGAUGGGAUCUCUUCAUUUUAUAUUCCUCAACUAUUUCGUACAGAACCUGCUGCACGUGCUGGACGUGUUUAGUGUUGCGCGAGAUAAGAUGGUAUCUGCGAGUAUAGAGACAGCUAAACUAGCGCAACAGUCCACCACUUCCUCACUGGUAGUGCUAAACCUGGAGGUGGAGAGCCCGGUAGUGAAGAUACCGCGCAAUUCUACCAGUGUAGAGGGGUACAAGGUUAAGUUGGGAAACAUUAAACUGCAAAACAAGUUCUCCUUGACAAAGAAAAAGACUAUAAAAGAUGUUAUCUCUAUUGAACUGUCUCACAUUGCCGUCUCCAGGGUGAUCCUGGGUAGCUACGGGGACGUUUUAAGAGAACGAGAUAUUUUAGAACCGUAUGAGAUGGAGCUGAAAAUAACACGGUACCUCACUGAAGAUGCUAAUAUCAGUGUUAAUACCACACUUAAACAAAUCCACGCUAAUCUUGGCUAUGAAGACUAUCACAUGGCCUUGAAGAUUUUGGAGGAAAACUUGGCGGAAACUGGAGACAGAGUUUUGGAAGUCACUCCGCAAGCAAUCAUCACUAAUGAUGAGGUAGCACCUGCCCCUAAGAAACCCUCUGCAGAUCUAGAGACCAGUGUGGAGAGUGAGGAUGGUACUAUAACUGGGGAGGGAGGAGUGGGGGAUAUCAGAGUAGAGGUACAGGUAGAACUAGCAGUGUGCCUCCUCUACACUGAUGAGAAGAUACUGGAUAUCUCAGACCCACUAUCGGGAAAUAGAGAAGAAGAUAAGAUAAUAAUGUACUCUGAAGCAAGGAAUGUAACCCUGGAUUUGAGGAUGUUUGGUGAGGGGGGCAAGAGAGUGGAGGUGAGGAUAUGGGACGUGAGAGUGGAGGACACUGACACUCAGGUCAUGGAGUCCGGGAUUCAGAGGAUACUAGCACACAAGCAGCUAGCUAACGAAGAAGCUCACCUUAUCACUAGUUUGAGCGGGACUAGCUCUGCUAUACCGGCCAGACGUGCCAUAAGUCUGGAUCUACCCCAACCUAUGAUGAUAGCGACAGUGGAUCUCAGUGAAGAGGGUGACAUUAUUGUGGACUCUAAAAUAGAACGUACACCACCUGUGUGGUUAGCUGGGUUCAAUAACAUAAUCACAUUUAAGCUUUUAUGA